AUAAGAUGUGGUAUGUUCUAUUUUUUCUUCAUAGAAAGGCUUGAUUCCGAUACAAACCUGUUUAUGUAUUCCUUAAUUCUAUGACUUUUUUUAGCACAGUAUAGUCCUUCUGGAGUUUGGUUGUUGAGGACUUGUCGCGAGAUGAUACCGUCCUGCUGAUAAUUUUAAAUUUGCAUAUUAUUAGUGCAUAUUAGAGACAGUUGUAAAAGGAUAUGCGUAGCCAACUGUGUAUAUUUAUCGUUCAUCCAAUAUGAAAGAAAAAAGGAAGGGACAUACUACUUCACUUAACAAAGACACGAAUAGCACCAUCAAAGGCAAAGACUCCAAAGUGGAUGCCCUUAAAAGAAUGGGUAGGGUUGACGACUCGAAUGUACAGCUGUUCAAGACGCCAGAUAUAUCGUUGCUAAAUGCCAUGCCGAGGUCAGUCGGUAACAACAGCAAACUAUCGACUAGUGCCAUACAUAUGACCAACAGUAUGAAUAACACCCAAUUGGGCAAUAGUCUGAAGAUCCCCAGAUCUGGAUUUGGCAAGACCUCUAGUAAUAGUAUCAUAGAAAGCAUCAUCCCCUUGGACACAAAGGAUGCGGAGCGCAGUGAUAGUAUGGCACACACAACGUCGCUGCCACUUUCCCACUUUCUUGAAUUAGAUGGUAUGCUCGACGACACAGAGAUGGAUGGGAACGACAGUUCGCUCGAUUGUUUAGACGAUAUAGACAUACUGUGUGGGCUGGAUUCAUUCGAACCACGUACAGGAACUAAGCAUGUAGCACCAGAUGCUAGGGCAACAGGCUUUGGAAAGGCAACGCGAAGGAGGUCGCUGGAGAAAAGCGGACGCUUAAGAGCUCGACAAUGCAAGAUCGGCAACUGGGCUAGUGCUGAAAGUGGUAGGAAAGAGAAGUACUUUUCACUACCACGCACACAAGGACCUAAUGGUGUCAAGUUACAGAUUGAGAACCACGCUGGUUCGAAAACGAGUCGCUUUCUCGUGGAAGAUGUAAAGAUAGCCGAUAAGAACGACGAGGAUAAGAAUGUCACAUUUACGAAAGGUGGAUUUAUCGAGUCGUUGGAUUGAACUCUGUGUACCAUAUUCUGGCUAUAUACUAUAUAAUUAUAUACUCUGCUCUAAGUGGAAUCUAUAAUCGAGCGCUUGAGAGAACUAUGAGACUGCAGAAAAAUUGCAAAGGGUCAAAACAAUACUGUUUUUUCUGUGCUACGUCGCGCAAUAGUUUGACAGUACCCUCUUACAAAAUAAUUACACUUCUAUUGCACAAGUAUAUUUUUCACACUUGUGUAUAAGUGAGAAAUCAUACACAAUACCAGGUCAUCGCCUUCUCUGGAGAGUGACCAAUAUAGCCUGCCGGAUAGGGUAUAAAUAUCAGUAAGAAAGCCACCUAGCUUGACUCCCCACCUCUGCGCUCACGCGUGGCCGCCUCGUAACUUCAAUCCGAGGUUUCACCGCUAUUCGCUUUGGAAACCCUGAGAUAUAACUAGAGCUGUGCACUCUUGUAGGGGCAACGCUUGUCGUGGUUAGGCAGGUUGGAAAUAUGUCCGGUGUGAAACAACAGAAAUUAAGUAGACCAACAGUGGGCAGACCUGAAAUAUUUACUCACGUGUGUUUGACCAGUUGAGCACGGAGAAAGUGUACCUUGACUCAAUCAGCUUAUGGGUCACGACGUGUAGCGCUUGCAAAUUCAGCCGGAGUUGGUGAAUUUGCGAGCAUUACGACGUCACAUCACAGUAUUCUAGUACUAACGAAGUUGCAAUGACAAGCUGCUGCAACUCUACACAAAUACAUACCCAUAAAUAUAUGCAAAGUGUGUAGGUGUAAAUAUAUAUACAAGAAGCGAACAUAAUUAUAUGUUAAAAUUUCAGACUUUGAAUAUAUUGAAUAGUGUUCCACAGAAUUUAUAUAUGUGCCUUCAAUACUGAUAUAUAUGGA